AUGGCACAAAAUGAUUCUGAAGCAACGAAAUAAUCUAAUGAACUCCUAUCCGAUUCAAAGAAAAUCAUGAAAAAAUAAGGACACUGGAAUGAAAUAGAACAUAAAACUUAUCUUAAAUUUCUUUAAGAUAAUAAAAAUCAUACUAAAGGAUAAAGAUUAUUUAAGAAAAUGAGUUAAAUUGUAGGCACAAGGACUCCAAGUUAGUGUAGGUAUAUUAGAACACUAUAAGAUCGCAUCAUCAAAAAUUCAAUCCGUAAAAGACUAAGUGCCUUUCAGAAACGGGUAUUUUGAGAUCCAAACAGUAUGCUCGACAAUAUUUUGCUUAACAUAAAACACAAGACAAUGAUAGUGAAUGA